CGUUUGGCGCGCCCUCCCUGUUGAUAGUUGUGUGGAAGUUGUGGUCGUGAUAAACAUCUUUCCUCUGAACUGCUGCUGUUUUUACCGCAUGAAAAGUCAUCAUCUCGCAGUAAGAUGUGGAUCCUGACUCCGCUGCAGCCUGGAGGCGAGACGCACUAUCUCGUGGCCAGUAAAGAGUACGUGGUCGGGCGCAAGAACUGUGAGAUCCUUCUUGCCAACGACCAGUCCAUCAGCAGGGCUCACGCUCACCUCACUCUGACUGACCAGACCCUGACGUUGAAAGACACCUCCAAGUACGGCACUUCUGUCAACGGCAAGAGUUUGACAGAGAACACGUCAGUUAACCUGAAGUCAGGGGACUAUGUAACAUUUGGGGCUUUUAACAGCAAGUUCAGUGUGGAGCAUCAGAAUCCAGUGGUGUGUUCAUCAUGUUUGGACAGUGAUGGCAAGAGGUCACUCUCUCAGGCCCUGCUGGCUCUGGGUGGAAAGCCGGUCAACACAUGGACUCAGGACUGCACACACCUGGUUAUGCCCACUGUUAAAGUCACCAUCAAGACCAUUUCUGCCGUGCUGUGCUGUUGUCCCAUCGUGACACCAGAGUUCUUCUUGGUGUUCAACAAAGCUGUGCAGCAAAAACUGGCACCGCCUAAAGCCGAGAGCUUCAUCCCUGAGAUCGAUGAGCCCAGUCUCAUUAAAGAGGAAGUUAACCUUGGAGUGAUUCCAGCUCGCAAACAGCUUUUUACCGAGAAGACCUUUGUGUUCCUCAGCGCCAAACAGCUGAAGCGUUUGAGUGGAGCCUUGAGUUUUGGAAAAGGAAAGGUUCGGCUGUUGGAGGAGGGCGAUCUGCCCCGGGACCUGCUGGAGUCUCCACAAAGCUGUGUGGUCGACAUCACAACAGGCAGCUCCCAAACCCUGCUGUCUUCCUCUGCCACAGAGUGGGCAACCUCAGUGAAUAACAUUGUUCAAAGAAAAGGCCUUCGAGUCAUCACAGAGUCUGAGAUCGGAUUGGCUGCCAUCUUUGCUUCCUGUGACAAGUACUGCAAUCCAUCCAGUCUACAGCCAGACGCAGAGUCGACACCAAACGUGAAACCCAGAAUCCCGAGUGCUUCGCUGUCACAGAGCUUGGCGGUGGACGAGACUGUGUUACCGGCUGCCACACAAAAUAUCACAGCAUAUGCAGUGAACACGGAGCCCUUCGAACGGUCGGCUCCAUGUAACGUGACUGGGGUGACGGCAGUAGGAGAAACUCCUGAGAAGAAACCCGAUAGAUCCAAAGUCAUCGCGGAGAGGACGUCCGCUCCGAGCAUCGUGGCUGAAACAAUGAGCUCAUCGCAUAACACUGUUCAAAACACUAACUCACAGAGGAAGAAGCCUGAGUCCAAACCGACAGUUGCAGGGGUUAGUGGCAUCAGGCCCCAACCAUCCACUUCCUGGACCAAUGGUGGCAUGAAGACAUUUCCACAGAAGCCUCAGAAACUAAAAACUCCUGCACAAGUUUCCCCACAGAAACAGUCGAUUCUGACGAGCUUCUUCCAGCCAUCCAAUAAGAAACGGCCUUUGGACGAUGAUUUCUCUGAAGUUAUGUCAGAGCCGAAGCGGCCUGUACAGGCAUCGUCCAUCAGCAGGAUGCCAGCACUGAACACCUCAGUUACGUCCAAAGAAACAUCCUCGCGACUUCCCGCAGCCACAUCUCAGACUCCACUGGGGUCUGGAGCUCAUCUGUUCGCAGGACGGUCGGAGGACAGGGUCUCCCACGCUGCUCAGGAGGAGCCACAGGGUAGAAAGAGGAAGGAGAUGGAAGCAGAGAUACAGAUGGACGAACUGGAGUCUAUUAUGUCUGAAGAUAUGGAUUUCUUCGAUGAGCCACCCUCAAGCAAACAAGGGCAGCACGCACAGCCUAAAUGGCAAAGUUCCACUGGACAGAGACAAGGUUUUAACAUGGAGGAGGCUCCAUCUUCAAGCAAGAAGCAGCGUGUCCAUGCAGAAGACAGUGAGGCCAACAGACGGCCACUGGAAAACAAGUCCGGUUCAAACAAAAACCAGAGCAAACCAUCCGAACAGUUUCCUGUCUCCAUCAAGAAGGAGAAGGUUGAUCCUUCAGAAAACACAACAACUAAUCAUGAGUCCAUUCAAAGUAAAAACGUUCAGCAGGAUGAACCGUCUUACAUUGAGGAUAUUGAACUACUCACAGGAGAAAAUUCUGAGCCCAAAGAAGAGACUAAGACGCCUCUGGAAGCAGUCGUCAUUAAACAAGAGGUGCAAGAGUCCCGGGUUGAUGAAGACCUUCCUAAAAAGCUGGUGUUAGUGGAGUUUCGAUCUCUCACCAUGUCCGCGCCUCCAAAGAUUAAACCAAAGCAGAUGCUCAGCAACGGCUGCGCAAAGAACUUCAAAUGUUUCCGCAAGAGCCAAGUACCAGGUGCCGAGAGCUCGCCGCACAUCAUCGGAGGGUCUGAACUGCUGGUUCACAGCAGGGGCAAGAACUCCGAUCUGGAUGAAUGGCUGAAAGAUGCAGCUGAGGAAGAGCGUCAGAGCAGACGGGACGAGACUGUGGGAGACGACCUCUUCAGGUACAACCCUACCAAGCUAACCAAGAGGAGAUGAAUGAGAAGAUAAUUUUCAAGUGGGAAUUCAUUUCAAAGACACAUGAAGUAUGACCAACUCAAUCAACCCUAUGAGAAAAAAGUCCAGAAAUGACAUAUAUAUGUGUAUUUGAAUCACAAGGUUGGAGUUAAUGCUUCUUAUUUGCUAAACUAAUCUUAAAUGUUUACCAGUGUUUCAAUUUUCGGUUCUAUAUAUUAAUCGACUCGUUACGUUACUGACAGCAAACAAUGUAAGAAAACAGUCUCAUGUUCAGAGAUUUGUUUUUCCAAUUUUUAUUUGUCAAUAAUAAAAAAUAUGGCAUACAAAACAUUAAAAACUCUUCAAUUGUACAAGAGAGCAUAAAAGUCCACAUGCUGAAAGCAGCUUUUCCUUCGUUGUGAAGUUAAGACCUAAUGUGUUCCCUGGUUUUAGCUGAACGAGAAACUUGAGAGGGAUUCAAGUGCUUGAGUGAUCUCUAAUGAGCCGACCCAUCAGGCACUUCUACAGACCGAACUCCUCAGGCGAGAAGCUGUCGAGUUAAACUCCUGUUGGCCUUUCUGCGUAGAUGGUCGAAACACACAUGUCCCUUAAUAUUCACAGCAAGUGCCACGUACAAAUUCAGAGUUGACUAUUGAGUCACCCAGUCUCGUCUGUAGUCCUGGUUUUAAUGCACUGGCUAAAAAUCGUACCACAUCUGUCCUUGUAGCACUUUUCUGGCUUCUGCCCAAAGCAGCUGCUGCUCAGCAGGUGUUUGUGCUUGCAAUGUUAUAUUUAAUAUAUCAAAACAACUUUUCAGAAAUCAGUGAAAAAAGCAUCAAGAAAUAAUACAGCUGAAAUUCAUUAUUUAACACAAGUAACAUUUGCAACUAGUCAACUGCUCUAUGAUUACCGAAACUUAAAUAGUAAGGUGUUAAACCACAUCUUUGUUAAUGGAAAAGAUCAUGUGACUACGUACAUUAUUUACUAAUGUUUCACCACCAACACUGACUCAGACUAAUGUUUUUUAUGAAAGGGGUGAAAGACUAAAUUCCCUACAGGGAUCAAAGUGUCCCAUCACAAUAAACCAACCUUGAGCUGUGCGGCAGCGGCACACAAAAUAUUCUUCAUAUGGCAACACACUUAUAAACAGAGUUUAAGUAAAUGAAAGGAAUCUAAAUGUAGCAGAAAUCAAAGAAACUGAUGUUGCUAAUGUUACUGCUCAUAACCGCUCUAAACUGAUAUUUGGCACUUAAUAAAUCAACCAUAAGUAAAAAGAUAGAUGCUCAGUAAUAAAUAAGGAUAUAAUAAUAAAGUCUUGAUUAGUUUAAAGAUGUAGUUUAGAUAAUACAGGGAUAACUUUAAAUUUAAAAAUAUUUGUGGUUACAAAAAUAAAAAAGUGGGUGCAGAGAUUUGGUUUUCUAAGAUAUAAAAAUGUAUUAUUUGCAUGGUAAGAUUUUCUUUUCUGUAAUUGUUAAGACUCGUCUCUCCAUCUCUAUCAAUAUGUAUUCUCUUAGGAAAAUGAAUUAUAAUGGCUGGAACUGUUUUCACUAUAUUCUAGACAUAAUGUGAACGGCAAUUAUCUUCAAAUGAUCAAUAUAAAGGACCAUACAGGUGUUUCUUGUUUUAUCCUAUUUUCUACAAACUGUAUUUUACUGCACUUGGUUAACUCAUCCUUAAGUUAACGUUUGAAGCACGGCUUAAUUUGUUUCCAUGUAUCAGAAUUGGAGUUGGCUGCCAAAUGCCAGGCAUUCUGAAAAACCUAAUUCAGAAGAAAAACUUAUUAUUAUUAUUAAUGGGAAAAUACUGUGUAUUUAGGUCUCAUGUCCUAUGAAGUUUGCUGUUGCCUGAAGAAAUAUAAAUACUGCAUAAAUGUUCACUGUUCUGUAGGGAGUGGAAUGAUGAGAGUUUCAUACUGCAGGAAAUAAAAAGAAAAGAAAUUGGAAACAUC